AUGGCGCAGAACAAAUUCGCAACGGAAAUUACGUUUGACUUGAAUGACGGAUCAAAAAUUCCAGCUCUCGGUAUUGGAACUGUACCCCCUGAUGAUCCAAGUCAAGUCAAGGAUAUUAUUAUUACCGCUGUGAAAGCUGGCUUUCGUUUGAUUGACACUGCGUGGUAUUAUGGUACGGAGAAGUAUAUCGGUGAAGCUCUCAAGGAAUUGUUUGAUGAAGGUGUUGUUAAGAGAGAGGACCUCUUCAUCACAACUAAAGUUUGGCAUUCAUUUUGGCAUAGUCCUGAGAAGUCGUUAGAUACGUCCCUUUCCGAUUUAGGAAUUGAUUACGUUGACUUAUUUUUGCAGCAUUGGCCCAUUUGUCUGAAGGGUGGACCUGACGGAACUCCUUCGAAACCUAUGGCCGAUGAUGAAAAUGUGAAAUACGAUGACGACCCCGUUACAGGGACCAAGUUCAUCGACGUAUACAAUGCCAUUGAAGACAUUAAAGCGAAUACGAAUAAGGUGAGAUCAGUUGGCGUGUCAAAUUACUCAAUUACCAAACUUAAGCAACUUCUUCCCAAGGUUAAGCAUUUCGUGCCUGUUGUUAAUCAAAUUGAGUAUCACCCUCAAUUGCCUCAACAGGAUUUGGUUGAUUUCUGCGCUGAACACAAAAUUCUUAUCGAGGCUUAUAGUCCUGUUGGAGGCACUGGUGCUCCUGUUUUGAAGAUUCCAUACGUUAAAGAGUUGGCCGACAAAUAUGGAGUUACAGUCAAUGAAAUCGUCAAUGCAUAUCACAUAUGCGAGGGUAGGAUUGCUAUUCCCAGAUCGUCCAAUUACGAUAGGAUUAAGAAUAUGGUCAGAUUGCCAAAAUUGAAUAAGGAGGAAUUAAGCGCCCUUUAUAAAAUUGGGGAGGGCCACCCUGUUAGGUAUGUUAACGAUCCAUGGGGUUACGGAAUCGGAUUCAAGUGGUGGAAGGGUGACACUCUCAGCAAGAUCGAAGAUUGA